UCAGAGCACUGAAUUUUAAAAAUAGCUGUUGUAAGGUAAUACAAUAGAGAUGUGAGGCUCUGUAAUGCUAAAGCCCUUUGGGACAUAGUAUCUGUGUCUCCAGCUCUUUCUGUUGUACAAAGGUUGUCUGUAUCCAUCCAAAGGGUUCAAUCUUGAGGAACCUUUCGUGGCUUCAUGAUUAUUAGGUGACUUGAAGCAUUUCGAUCUACUACCCCAGGAUGGAUGCUGGUCCAUCGCAGGGUUAAUCCUCAACCCCACCCCCACCCCUCUCAAAAUUGAAUUUGCAAGUACUUGUUUGUAAUUAGAUAUGUGUGGCAAGAGGCACUGACCUAGGGGAAGCCAAACUUUUCUAUUUCACAGCUCUAGCCGUUAGGCCAUCGCACCUCUCACUGUAUUGCAGAGAAAUUGAGGAAUGGGGCGAUAUGCCAAAGGAGGGAUAACGAGAGUGAAGGAAAUGUAGGCUGUCAGAGACACAGAACUAGAUGUUAAGCUGGAUUUUGACAUUAAAUUCUUGGAAAUAACACCAAAAUGAACUUUUAGUGACCGGGAACGAAAACUCCUAAGCUUAUAUUCAACCGAAUCAAGGAUUUAAAAACGAGGUCUAACAAUAUUUUCAAAGUGAAAGUAGCUGAAGUUGGGUGGAAGCUAAGAAGCCCAGCUAGACGUUUGCAUCAGGCUAAUAUUGCAGAAGAGACAAGACGGAAAAGGUGAAUUAACUCUACCUUCGCUGAAUCUUCAAAAACUAGUAAGGUACCUACCUCCAAGGCAAAUAAGACGUGUUUUUCUUUGCGAGCAAACUUCGAAACAUCUGUCCUCCCCUGACUCUCUGUCACACGUGUUUUACAAAUCGCGCGGAGAAUGGGGAUAACCGUGUGAGGAAGUGACCUUGACUGGACCUUCCCUUCCCCUAGUUAGUAGGCAAUGUACUCGUCUCAUCAAAAUGUCGGAAAAGAACCGAGCGGCGAUAUUAGAGCUGAUGAAACAGCCUCAGAAUAACACAUGUGCCGAUUGCGGAGCUCCAAAUCCCGAAUGGGCCUCAGCGUCGAAGGGACUGUUCAUUUGUAUCACGUGUAGUGGAAUUCACAGGAAUUUAGGAGCUCAAGUCUCUGUGGUCAAAUCUCUUAGGCUUGAUACAUGGACAGAUGAAAAACUGAAGUUUAUGGAAGAACAUGGUAAUGAUAAGGGAAAUGCCAUUUGGGCAAAGAAUGUUCCAAGGUGCUAUCGACGACCAAAGCCUACAGAUGCACAUGUGCUUAGGGAACAAUGGAUAAGAGCAAAGUAUGAAAGAAAGGAGUUUAUUGAUGGUGCACCGGAACAAAAAUAUUUAACAGGUUCUCUGAGAGGAUAUUUAAGGAAAAAAGGAAAAGAGGAUAGCAGUUGGAAUCUGCGACUUUUUGUUCUGUCUGCUGGAGAAAAUUCUCUUGCCUACUUCAUUAGGGAUCAGGAUAGAGAACCAAAAUGUUCAUUUAAUGUCAAAGAAAUCAAUGUCACGUUUGCUGAGGAACGAACAAACAAAGAAAACAGUUUACAGAUAACUUAUGUACGGAAAGGCUUGACAAGAAACUACUUUGUCUAUUCCGACUCUGGACAGGAGAUUGUUGAAUGGUAUAUGGCCAUCAGAAAAGCCAAGCUUGAUUUACUGGGAUACAAUGAAUCAGGAAUCAGCCCUGAAAAGCUGGACAGAGAACUCACCCGAGACUUCAUCAUGGAAGGAUUUCUAGAAAAGACAGGGCCAAAGGAUGAGCCUUGGCAAAAGAGAUGGUUUACACUUGACGGCAGAAGACUUCUCUAUUUUAAAGAACCAAUGGAUCCUCAUGCAAAAGGCGAGUUAAUAAUCGGUUCCCAUACGGAAGGCUACUCUACUCAAGAAGGAGUCAAAUCAGGAAAGCAUCAAGAUGAAGACUAUUGUUUCACCUUGGUUACUCCUGAACGGGACUUUGUUUUGAAGGCAAAUACUGAGAAUGAAAGGAGAAUGUGGAUGGAUUGUUUGGCUAAAGUCAUCGCACAACCAAUGACGGAUGAAGACAAACAAGAAAUGAAGGCAACACAUGAAGCAAUGAAAAAGGUGAAGAACCAGAGGAGCUUUAGAGGUUUCAUUAGUCGUAAAGCAUCAUUUUCCAGAGAUGAAGACUCACCUUAAAGCACAUACUAGUUGAAUAAAUUUGUGUAAUAAUCACCAGGGACUUAUACAUAUUAACAGCGUAUAGAAAGAGUAUGAAUUCACCUUCCUGUCCUUUCAAACCAAUCUAGUUCCCAAAUCCCUCCUGUUGCUGGCCAGUUGAAAGUGGAGGGUCUGGGAAUCAGAUCAGUGAUCUUGAGAUACAUGUAGAUCCUUGAGGGUUUAAAAAACUCAUUGUUCUCAAACUUUGAUCUGGAGGGUCCUAUGUACUUUUUUUUUUCCAGUUUUGGCAGGUUCCAAAAAUUAUCCUACAUAUGAGAAAAUAGAAAUGAGAUUCUAACAGAGCAGUUUUGAAAUUACUCUCAUCAAACCCAACCCACAUUUUAAUAAUCACACCUGGCCAAUCACAGCCAAUAGAAAUACCAGUCAGCCUUUUAGACCCCGAACCAAAGACACAUAACUGGAGUCAAGUGUAUGCAAACUGUGCAGUAGCACUUUGAUCGUGGCUGGAAAAAGAAAAACGGUAUUAAGGCCCUAUUAGGGGAUUUUGGGACACAGGGUAUCUAAGUAAAAAAUUGACUGGAUUCAGGAUUUUUAGGGGUAAAUUAAUGAGAUGUAGGAUAUUUAAAACACAUAUCCUAGAGUAUUGAGUAAAAAAAUUGAUUUUUUUUAACUGAAUGAAUGGGAUGCUGCAUGUUUAGGCCAAAACUUAAAAAAAAAAUUGAAUUUCAGUGUGGCAUACUCAGAUACCUCCCUCACCCCCCC